CAAUGGGAGGUAAAACCACACCCACCUAAUUAGACCACUGGUGAUCGUGAAUAUCGUUAACCUACAGCUCUGUAAAGAUCUCGUCAGAUUCCUGAGAGCCAUUGGUCCAGGGGACAUGUUGGAUUCAGUGACUCGGGACUCGGCAACUCCGGUCUCCGCCCACUUUCCGAAGACGCCACGGGCACCGCCCACCCCACCCUCGACGGGGACGACCCCCUCGUUACCGGGGCCUGAUUUGGAUCGUUCGGCGAUCUCCAUGGCGCAGGAUCACCUGACUUCAGGCAGCACCUCAAGCACCGUCAGUCUGAGCGGAGACUAUAGGGAUGCCUCGGGGAAAGUCAUUCGCAGGCCCCAGUUUGUCCUGGACAUGGAGUCAAAGGAGGAGUAUUUCAUUGAGCUGAUUCUCAGCCGCCAUGCUCGGAAACUGCUGACUGCCACUUGCCUGAGAGAUCUGGGGAAAUUCGCAGCUCACCUCGACUUUAGCCUUGAGAAAUGGCUGGCCAGAGAGAGGUUGCGGGCAGCUCGAAUUGAUAAUCUCCUAGCAACAGUGAGACAGCUUCACAAAGAGUUCCAGUGGCCCCUCCCACCCAGCGAUUCCAAGCCAACUCCCACCCCAGUCCCCCCAGCUGAGCUGCACUCUCGACCAGCAUGGCCGGCUCUCUCUCGCUCCUCCUCCACCGAGGGAGGGGAUUCCCCAAACAACAAGCAGGCAUUCAGUCCUGAUAGUGACACGGCGAGUGUGUGUUCCUCGCUCAGGCGACCUCAUCGACCUCCGGACCUUGACCUGAGCUCGUUAAACCUGACCCCAAUAAGCCAUCAGGACAUUACGAUUCACACCUCAUCACACCCUCCCCCACCUCUUCCAGACGACAAGAAAGGGGCGGAGCUUACGGAACAACCUCCAUCCACAACGGACGUCAACGAGGCGACAAACCGGAAGGGGAGAGAAGUGAGUGUGUUGUCGUCGGCGACGGACCUUGACCCCACCCGGAGUUCGACUCCACUCACAGCGAAGAUGUCUGGAACUUCCGAGGGAUUGCCGGCGGAGACCAGCUCGUUAGGUGACAUUGAGGAGAGUGACUGGGAGGUGGACUCUGACCUCUGUGUUCCAACCACCCCCGAGAUUACCAUGGCAACACGAGGAUCGGCUCUAGCUGAGAGAGAGAUCAGGGGAAAAAAUAUGUACGACAUCAUACAUUAUACACAUAGUAACAAUGAGAAGUGUUUGCAAAAGCGUUUUAUCGGUGAAUCCAAUUUGCCCAAAACAGAUGGCAAAGUUUUGUAA